CAGCUGAUGCUGCGUGAAUCCCAGAUGACGGAUGUGCAUCAAGAGACGGCCGGGCCCGGACAUGAGCUCCCAGGAAGCGCCGCGGGCCCGCAGGUUCCCCAUGGAGGCAGGCGACUGCCGCAGCGCAGCCACGGCGUUGGAGACCCAGCAGCGGGUGGGCACCGCAUGGACCGCGGGCAGGCAGCUGCGGCGGUGCCCCGCGAACCACCGCCUGACGCUGCCCCACGUCCCCAUUGAUGUCUUCAUUGCCAUGGGAGGGAACUGCCGGCCACGCAGCAUCUGAUGCAGCCCGGGAGCAGCGAGGGACGCGGAUCCUUUAUGCACUUUGUAAAGAAAGGCCAUCCUACAGCGUU